GUAGAAAUCCCAGCUAUAAAUUCGUUCUAUCUUCACCCCGAGCUUCCAAUUCUCUCCAAUGGCGUCUGUUUCUUCCUCAACUGGUCAACUGUCGAGCAUUCUCAUCUCAAAUCAUAGCAAAAACCCUAGCUUUUCUUCCUCCGCUUCCUCUUGUCAACUGAAAGUCACACCAUCUUCAUUAUGGACAUAUAACAAAAGAGCUCAUAUGAGGAAGCCUCUUCAAGUAUUUAGUUUAUUUGGAGGAAAGAAGGAGAAGAGUGAGAACAGUGACGAUACACCACAAAAGGCAGGGAUUUUUGGAAACAUGCAAAAUCUAUAUGAGACUGUUAAGAAAGCUCAAAUGGUGGUCCAAGUCGAAGCUGUUCGUGUACAGAAAGAACUAGCAGCAGCUGAGUUUGAUGGUUACUGUGAAGGCGAGCUAAUCAAGGUUACACUUUCUGGAAACCAACAACCUAUACGUACUGAAAUCACUGAGGCUGCCAUGGAGCUUGGGCCUGAGAAGCUUUCAUUGCUGGUAACUGAAGCCUACAAAGAUGCUCAUCAGAAGAGUGUACAGGCCAUGAAAGAGAGAAUGAGCACUCUUGCCCAGAGUCUCGGAAUGCCACCAAGCAUGAAUGAAGGGCUAAAGUGAUUGGGGUCAGCAUCUUUUCAAUUUAGGCGACAAAUACACUUCAGUUUUGUAAACGAGGAGGUAGUGACCAUAUUUAUCACUUCCCUAAGCUCUUUGUAAAAACAUUUUUCUGACCUGAGUGCAGUCUUAACUGACGAUGGUGAAUAGAUUGUUCAUCGCUUUAUCGUAUCAAUUAUACCAAAUUGUACAAACUUCUGUAUCGAAAAUUUUCUUUGAGUUCUUUCUCUGCGUUCAUAUCAGGGAAAGGCCGCUGAGGCUUCCCCUUCAUC